AUGCCAUCAACUGCCCCUGUCAUAAGGCCCAAGAGCCAUCCCGUCAAUGCUCAUAAGGAGGAGACCCCGAUCAGUUACGACAUCAACAUCCCCUAUGUGGAUGUCAAUGGAGAGACCACCGCCAGAACCAGGUACCCAGAAUAUUUGCCGACUUGGGACAAAAUGUGGUUCGAACCACUGCCCCCGUUCCACUAUGACGAUCCUGCGCUGCGCGUUGAGGAUAGGUCCAAGCCUAACCUCUUGACUCCCGACGCUAAAGUCACCGAAAUCCAGCCGAAGAUCGGCACCAUCAUCGAAGGCGUGCAGCUGAGCCAGCUCUCGGAUGCCGCGAAGGAUGAGCUCGCAUUGCUGGUUUCCGAGCGCAAGGUUGUUGCAUUUCCCGCGCAAGAUCUGAUCGAUGCUGGUCCCGAGGCGCAGGAACAGUUUAUGCGCCAUUUCGGAAAACCGAACUAUCAGCCUGUUUCUGGAACGGUGCGCGGCCACCCCGGCUUCCAUAUCAUUCAUCGCGAUGGCAACAAAGAAGAGAUCUCGCGUUUCCUGUCGCAGCGCACGACAACGACUCUGUGGCAUCAGGACGUGAGCUACGAAAUCCAACCACCGAGCUACGUCAUGUUGGGUCUUCUGGAAGGCCCAGAAGUAGGAGGUGAUACCGUCUUCGCGGCGACCGAUAUGGCUUACAAACGCCUUUCUCCUACUUUCUGCUCCUGGCUCGAUACUCUACGGGCCGUUCACUCCUCCGCCAAAAUGAUCAACCACGCCCGUCUAACCAACAGCCUCGUCCGCAAAGAUCCCGUUGACACCGUCCACCCACUGGUUCGGGUCCACCCCGUGACAGGCGAGAAAUGCAUCUUCAUCAACGGCGAAUUCAUCACCAAGAUUCAAGGUCUCAAGGAGCCCGAACAGCGCUGGCUCACCGAUUUCCUCAUGAACCACAUCAUCACGGGCCACGAUUUCCAAGCCAGAGUAAGAUGGCAACCAAAGACAAUCGUUAUCUUCGAUAACCGCUCUACUCUUCACUCGGCGAUCGUCGACUACCUAGACGAUGACUACGGCGCAAAGCUCCGCCACAUCUUCCGCCUGACCGCACUUGGCGAGAAGCCCAUCCCCGUCUACGACCAGUUUGAGUAA